AUGGAGCUGGUAAAACGAAUAGACUUCGUCGAGGACGGAACGCGAGCUGCUUGCCCCGACUUGCAUCCGACUUACAUACCACUUGAUGAGAAACGAGCAGAACUCAGUACAAGAGCACCCGAGAAGCUGUCAGUUCUGCUUCUAUAUUAG